GGGUAGGUUGCGGGCGGGCGGCGCGUGUGGCGGACUCAGAGUGCCCGGGACCUUUCCUGCCGCGGGGCCCGGGUCGCCCGCCUCGUCGGUUCCCGCGAGCCUCGCACCGCGACCCCGGCGCCCGCUGGACACGCGGAGCAGCGAGGGGCCGAGCCCGAGCGUGUCCUGCAGCGGCGCUCGCCCCGGAGGGGGCUCUUCUCAGCGGCUGCCGCGGAGACAUGAGGGGCGGCGCCUGGCCCGGGCGACGUGAGACGGGCUCCGGGCCGGCCAGUUAGGAGACCCGGCGGACGGCCGCCCGCGCCCUCCCGCGCCCUCCCGCGCCCUCCCGCGCCCUCCCGCGCCGGCUCCGCGGCCCGCGGCGUCGCGGCGGCGGCAUGUUCCCGCGGAGGCCGCCGGCCGGCCUGGCCGCCUGGUUGGCGGGCGCGCGGGGCGGGGGCCUGCUGGGCCUGCUGGCCAAUCAGUGCCGCUUCGUGACGGGCCUGCGCGUGCGGCGCUCGCAGCAGAUCGCGCAGCUCUACGGCCGCCUCUACUCGGAGAGCGCGCGCUGCGUCCUGCUCGGACGCCUCUGGCGCCGGCUGCGCGGCCGCCCGGGCCAUGCCUCUGCCUUGAUGGCGGCGCUCGCCGGCGUCUUCGUGUGGGACGAGGAGAGGAUCCAGGAGGAGGAGCUGCAGAGAUCCAUUAAUGAGAUGAAAAGGUUGGAGGAAGUGUCAAAUGUAUUUCAGAGCUCAGGAGUUGAGCGCCACCCUCCAGAAUCAAAAUCCCAAACAGACGGGAAUGAAGAUUUGAAGGACAAGGAACAGCCAUGGGAGAUGGUGAUGGAUAAGAAGCACUUCAAGCUGUGGCGGCGCCCAGUUGAGGGCAGCCACCUUUACCAGUACCGAGUUUUUGGAACCUACACAGAUGUGACACCCCGGCAGUUCUUCAAUGUUCAGCUGGACACAGAGUACAGGAAGAAGUGGGAUGCCCUGGUGAUCAAGCUGGAGGUGAUCGAGAGGGACGUGGUCAGUGGCUCUGAGGUUCUCCACUGGGUAACCCAUUUUCCUUAUCCGAUGUACUCUCGGGAUUACGUGUAUGUUCGGCGGUACAGUGUGGAUCACGAGAACAACGUGAUGGUGUUGGUGUCACGUGCGGUGGAGCACCCCAGCGUGCCCGAGUCACCGGAGUUCGUCAGAGUCAGAUCCUAUGAAUCCCAAAUGGUUAUCCGUCCCCACAAGUCAUUUGAUGAGAAUGGCUUUGACUACUUGCUGACCUACAGUGACAAUCCCCAGACUGUGUUUCCUCGCUACUGUGUGAGCUGGAUGGUUUCCAGUGGCAUGCCAGAUUUCCUGGAGAAGCUGCACACGGCCACUCUGAAAGCCAAGAACAUGGAAAUCAAAGUGAAGGACUACAUCUCGGCUAAGCCCCUGGAGAUGAGCAGCGAGGCCAAGGCCACCGCCCAGUCAUCCGAGCGGAAGAACGAGGGCAGUUGUAGCCCUGCUCGGAUCGAGUACGCCUAAAGGGUCUCGGGAGAAGAAGGGACGGGUUCCUCCAGUCUGUCUCCGUCCCUCACUCUGCUAUGGAAUGGGACAGCCGUGUGUAUUGGGAAGAAUGUGCUGGAGCCAUCAGUGCAAGAUCCUUCAGGAACUCCUGUCUGAUUUCGUGCAGAGCCCUUGUUGCUCUUGAUCAGCGAGAAAGCGGGACUGGGACGUUGUCAUGUUCUCAGGCCGACUGUUGAAGGUGCAGUGUUUGAGCUGAUCUGGAACCGGCCUCUCGCCUCAGGUUGGGAGGGGACGGCUUCGUGCGGCUUCUGAGGGGUCCUUGCUGGCGUUCCAGAUCCCACCCAGUUGUCAGCGCUUGGGAGCUGCUGCAUUCUGCAGGUCGGCUGGGAGUGUGUCGGCCAGUUAUUUCUCAAGGAGGGUCGCUGGGAGUGUCUUGGUAACAGUCUUGCUGUACAUGGGUGUGAACAGCCCUUGGCCGUGUUAAGUGCCUUGUCGUCACCUUGCUUUUAUCUUUAGGGGCUUGAAGUUUGUACCAAGAGAUUUCUCUCCCCACCGGCUCACCUGACCCCACAUUUUCAUGGGAACCGGCCAGCUCCUGCGCACGCGCAUAGUCACUAAAUCCUUCCCUGUCCUAGCCUUCGCCAUUUGCCAGGGGCGCUGGAGACGAGCUUCCAGUGUCAUCAGUGUUUUGGCAGGGUCAGUGGAAAGGCUCAAACAUCACAUUUAAAUUUAUUUUGGUUUUUCUAACCUUUGUGUCAAAAGGAGCUGGGGUGGUUUCUGCGUGGUAACACGGCAUGGAUGACACAGUUCUUGGUUCAGACGUUGUGUCCCCACUUGAGGGCUGACUUGUCCUCAGCAGGCAGAGGAGGGGCUGGCCACUCCCUGGUGCACUCACACUAGACCAGCUGCUGUCCUGACAAGCAGGUGAAGUCUUGUCCCAAACACUAAUACAGUGGGGAUGUGGCUUAUGUGACCCUCUUGUUCCUCUAAAAAGUUCUCCUCCUCUCUCCAGAGCUGAAAUGCAGGCAGACUGCACCCUUUGAUAAGGUCACAACCAUACGGUAUCUGCUUGACCUCGGGCUUGCUGAUGGUCCUGUGGCAGUCUGUCGAGAAUAGGGAUCAAGUUUUAAAAUCCUCCUCCCUCCCUUUUUUUCUGGAGUUCAAAUGGCUGAAUUUUUACCUUUUCUCCUGCUUGCUGCCCUGUCGUGGUGUUGAAAAGGGACUCUAACCCUGGAACUAACCUAAACCCCUCCUGACCUCCUUGUUUCCUGACCACUUUUGUGCCAAGGAAGUAAUUGCCCCUGUUUGUGUCUCCUGAGUUGCUGGCAGAGCAGAGACACCCUGGGUGGUCCCAGCAUCUUUGCAUCAAGGAUUUCUCUCCUUCCCCAGAACAGAGGAGGAGCCAGGGAAGAAUCCCUGGGUUAUUAGCGUCCGAACUUAGCGCCUGCGGGUGUGAGUGGGUGUGUGUGAGCGAGUGUGCAUGAGCGAGUGUGCGUGAGCGGGUGUGCGUGAGCGAGUGUGUGCACAGGUGCUAAGCAGCUGUGGUUGCCCAUGUUCUGACUUAACGGCUAUUAGACUCUGUAGAGUUACUUAUGUCAUUGUAAUGAUUUCACUCCUAACUGUGACAUUUUUAUCAGAUGUGUGAAUAAAUACAUAAAGAUUGGUACGAA